UGACGCUGUUUCGAGUGCGGCCAGCAAGAUUGUGGUGCUUGGCGGGGUCUCGGUUCUCCGGAGGAGGAGGGAGGGCGAUAUGCACGACUUCAGCCUGAUCAACAUCGUCUCCGGGUAAAUUCUCUCCUGCACAACCACCAACCACCAACCACGACAGCCAUCACCGGCAAUCACAUACCCGAAUCGCAACCACAACAACAAUACCAAGACCAAGACCACAUGGAAAGCGACGAGCCGCAUCUCUCGCCGCUGCGACGGUUCACCUCGGCCGUGCGCUGGAGUUGGUACGCCAUCUCGCUCAGUUGGGGCGGGAUUGCCGUCUUGCUGCACCAGACACCGCACCAAUUCACGGGGCUCAUCACCAUCGGCACGAUCGUCUUCAUCGCCAACCUAGUCAUCUAUGCCGUUAUUACGGGUUCCUUCAUCUUCGAGGCGCUCAGCCCCAGCCCGAUCGGCAAGGCCGCCUCGGGGCCCCCGGACUUCCGGACGCGCUGGCUGCACAUCCAGCAACUAACGGACUUGUACUUCAUCCCGAUCUCGCUGCUCGCCUUCGCGGCCAUCCUCUUCGGGGUCUCCUACUACGGCACGCCGCACUGCGGCCGAUGGCUGAUCCUGACGCUCCACGCGCUGUUCUGGGUGUACACGGCCGUCUCGCUCAUCCUGUGCAUUGUGCUGUCGUGGAUCAUCCCGCACAUGCACACCACCCCGGAGAAGCACUACCCCAUCGUGCAGAUCCUGCCCUUCUUCCCGCCGAUGCUCAGCGGCACGAUGGCCGGCAUCCUCGCGCCGAACCAGCCCCCUAACCUCGCCAUUCCAAUGCUGGUGGGCGGCACGACGAUGCAAGGCCUGGGCAUCCUAAUGUUCUUCGUGGUCCUCGCGCAGACGGCGCAUACCCUCACGCGCAGCGGUCUCCCCGAGGGCAAAUUCCGGCCGGAGAUGUUCAUCGCCGUCGGCCCGCCGUGCUUCACCAUCAUCGCGUGGUACGGCAUGGCCUCCGCAGCCAUCGAGAAGCUGCCGGAUUAUUACCUGAGUAAGGCCAGCAGCGUGCACACCGCGGACGUGCUGUAUAUCCUGGCCGUGGUGGCUGGUAUCAGUCUGUGGGUGCUGGCGUUCGUGCAGUUCUGGCUGGCCGUGUUGAGUAUGGUGGAGGCGAUGGCCCGCGGGCUGAUUGCGUAUGAGUUGAACUGGUGGUGCAUGGUCUUUCCGUUGACGGGGUUCGUCCUGUGUACGUGUAAUUUGGGCCAGGCGUUAAAUUCUCCGGCGAUUCUCUGGGUGGGCUCCGCCAUGACGAUCGGGCAGGUCGCGCUGUGGUUGGUGAUUUGUGGGUGUCAGAUUGUGGUCUGGGUGCGACGAGGGUGGUAGUUUUGUUUUUUGUUCUGAUACUUCGGGGAUAAAACUGCUGUGGUUGGGUGUAUAAAAUUGUGUGUUUCUUUUUUGUUGGUUUUAGCGUCGUUUGGUAUAUAUCUGCAUUAGAUUGAGCUUGGAGGGG